AUGUCAUCAAGUGGAAAGAAUAUAACCCCACCUCACCUACCAAAGCGAGAAAGACAGCAACUCUUGGAAAUUUGUGACAAUUCCCUGGCAGAGUUUGUUAAACUUUCUGGGGUAAAGAUAGUUGUUGGGGUAGGAAAGUUUGCAGAGGAAAGAGCUCACAAAGCUUUAAAAGACUUUGACGUUGAAAUUUAUUCAAUAAUGCAUCCUAGUCCUGCUAGCCCAGCUGCUAAUGGUUGUUGGAGUGACAUUGCUUUGAAGCAGUUAACAGACGUGGGUUUAACCAGUUACAUAAGAAAUGAAAAGUUGUAA